UUUCUUGAAAAAUUGAAUCGACAAUCGAGUAAUUUGGGAAUGGAAACGGAGGUUUCAUUUCAUUGAGUCGUUGGUUGUUGUGGCGGCUGAGGCUGAGGCUGAAACUUUUCUGUAUUACAAUUCUGUAACACUAUAUUACCACUCUUUCUCUUUCCAAUUCUUCUUCCUCUUCCUACAGCUCCCUCCUCCCUCUUCAUGUUCGCGCCUCCUAUUUCAUCCAGUUCCACAGGUCAUGGAAAGGGCAAGCUCAAGAAGAAUAGAGAACCUGAACUAUGAAAGAACCAUUUUUUAUGAAUGAAAUUAUUGGAUAAUGAGACAAUUCUGAAGUGGUGAUUCUUUGGUUUCAAGUUUAAUUUGUCUGUCUUUUUUGGUGAUUCUAGUUGUUGAUAGAUAUGGACAAUGAAUUACCUGCUGGAUUAAAAAGUCGUGGCCCUAGAAAGAACAAAAAAAAUAGGAAAAAUGGUAGUGCAUUGAGCUCUACAGAGGAGGCUACACCAAUAGACACCGAGGUCAAUGUUAAAGCAAAGGAGGCUACUGAAGUCAUUAAUAAUACAAUGGAGGAGACGACUAAGGUUAAUCUUAACACAGAGUUGGUGCCAACUUCAACAAAAAAGAAAAGGAAAAGGGAAAAAACAUUAAGGAGAGGUGACAACACUAAAAUGGAUAGCACAGAUCAUGGAAGUGUCUCACUGAAGAGCAGUGAUUCUGGAGGAGACUUGCAUUUAGAAUCUGUAGUUGGUAUAAAUGGAGAGAAUGAGCCUGAGGAGAACCGAGAACUGAGACGUUCAAGAAUGAGUAAAAAGAGGAAACAAACUAAAAUCAUCAGCCCUGAGACAAAUAAUACCGAGCAUGAGAAUGGUGCCACUUUGGAAUCUACUUCCAAAGAAAGAGAACAACAACUUGAGGAUGGCCCACACCAAACUGAUGUUGAGGGAACAUCAAAUUUGGAAAGUCCCACACAAAAUGCCGAUAGUGACUCUAAGGGAAAGAAAAGGAAAAAGAAAAAGAAAAAUGAGCCAAAUGACCAUGAGCGUAGUGAUGGCAUUGAUACAAAGAAUGUUGUAGGGUUAAACUCAAGUGAUACAAAGGGGAGCUCUCCACCCAUUGAUGAGCAAAGUGGUUUUUCCAAAGGAGUAAAGACUGCUUCUGUAAUGAAACAGGCUGACUGCAUUGAAGUUAGCCACAAUCCUGAAAUUAAGGAGAUUGAAACGAACAAUAGGAAGAAACCAAAUAGUCACCAAAAAAAAAGAAAGUCAUCUGAAUUAGGAAAUACUAGGGAACCGGUGGAGGAUAAUAAUCUUGAUGAAAAUUCAUCUCAAUGUCUGGUAGGAAAAAAUACAUCUGGAUUUCUGGAGAAUUUUGAAACUACUUCCUCAGUAGUAGGGGUUGUCUCAGAACAGGCUGUUGACAUUUUAUGUGAGAAAGACUCUGUUAAUUAUUCAGAUACAAAGGAGAUUUCUCCACCCACUGAUGUGGAAAAUGGUCUUCCAAGUGGAGCAAAGACUGCUUCAAUAAUGAAACAGGAUCACUGCACUGGGGUUAGACAUGUUCCUGAAAAUAAGGAAAUUGGUACGUACAAGAGGAAGAAGCCAAGACAUCACCCAAGAAAAGGAAAGUCAUCUGAAUUAGGAAGAACUAUGAAACUGGUGGUGGAUAAUAGCGUUGAUGAUACUUCAUCUCAGUGUUUGGUAGGAAAAGAUACAUCUGGGUUCCUGGAGAAUAUUGAAACUACUUCCUCAGUCGUAGGGGCUGUCUUAGAACAGGCUUUCGACAUUUUACGUGAGAAAGACUCUAUUAACCAUUCAGAUACAAAGGAGAGUUCUCCAACCACUGACGAGCAAAGUGGUUUUCCAAGUGGAGUAAAAACUGCUUCAAUCAUGAAACAGGAUGAGUGCACUGAGGUUAGCCACGUUCCUGAAAAUAAGGUAAUUGAAACGUACAAGAGGAAGAGACCAAAAAAAGGAAAGUCAUCUGAAUCAGGAAGAACAAUGGAACUGGGGGUGGACAAUAACAUUGAUGACACUUCAUCUCAGUGUUUGGUAGGAAAAAAUACAUCUGGAUUUCUGAAGAACGUUGAAACUACAUCCUCAGUAAUAGAAGCUGUCUCAGAACAGGCUGUUGACAUUUUAGGUGAGAAAGACUCUGUUAACUGUUCAGAUAUUAAACCUGCAUCCCAUAAAAGGAAGAAAGUUAAAAAAAUGAUUGAUUUAAGGGAGAGUGCUUGUGGAAACAAAACUCUGAAUGAUGCAUCUGCGUUAGAUGUUUCUGAGGAAAGUUAUGAUCAGAAGAGUGGCGAAAAUCUUGUGAGGGGACAUGAUGCAUUAAAGCUAGAUGGAAACAAUUGCUGCAAGAACAAUGGCUCUGGCGAUCUCCUGAAAUUAGAUACUGUCAACAUAGAAACCACAAUGGAAGAAGCUCCUUCAUCACAAAGGGGUGAAGCAAAAGAUGGAGUUCAUUUGGAUGCUACCAUUGAAGAGGGCAAUCUUUUUCAGAUACCUGGAUCUUUACCAGAAAGAACAUUGGUAUCUCGUUCUCAGAAGAAGCUACUGAUCCUUGAUGUAAAUGGUCUUCUUGUUGACUUUGUUAGUGGUGGUGACAGGCAAUUUAGACCUGACAUAAUUAUAUCAAAAAAAGCAGUUUAUAAGAGGCCUUACUGCGAUGAGUUUAUAGAAUUUUGCUUUGAAAAAUUCAAUGUUGGUGUAUGGUCAUCAAGAAUGAAGUGGAAUAUGGACAAGGUGAUUUGGUUUCUUUUUGAUAAGUCCAGACACAAGUUACUCUUUUGCUGGGACCAGUCUCACUGUUCUGCUACAGGGACUAACACCCUUGAGAAUAAUAAUAAACCUUUGGUCUUUAAGGAACUUAGGAAGUUAUGGGAAAAGCUGGAGCCUAAUCUUCCUUGGGAAAUAGGAGAGUAUGAUGAGACAAAUACAUUAUUAUUGGAUGAUUCACCAUAUAAAGCUUUACGCAAUCCGGCCAACACUGCAAUAUUUCCCAAGCCAUUUGAAUAUCUUGACAGGACAGAUAGUUCAUUAGGACCUGGAGGGGAUCUUCGGACUUAUCUUGAAGGCUUAGCUGUAGCUGACAAUGUUCAAAAGUAUGUAGAACAGAAUCCAUUUGGUCAAGGAGGCAUUACGAAAUCACAUAAACAAUGGGGCUUUUAUUGUCAAUUUCUGAAGCAAAAGAAAACAGACUCUGAACAUUCUUGCUGAUAGACUCCCUCCAAAAAUAUUGCUGCUCUAUGGUCAUGGGAGUGGAAAAAGGAAUUUUGCAUUUGGCUUUUCAGGAAUCUCAUUGGAGCAAUUUAGGUGAUAAUCACAUAAUCCAUUUUACAAAAUUAGGCUAUAGAUAGUGCAUACCUUGAAAUUUUUGGGGUCUUCUGAACAUAGAUAAGAAUGGUUUUCAUUCAUCAUUCCCCAAGCUUUUGACAUUGAUCGGAAGAUGAUGAUGUCCCAGUGAAGGAUACAAUUGUGAGGGUUUGUUAGGUUACGCAUUUAAUUCAAGAUAACACAAGAAAUGUUAUUUCCUAAUCUACAGUUUUGUAUUCAUUAUAUUAUGUAGUAUUCAUUGUGACAGGAAAAUUUUGUAUUUUUGGUAUAUGUAUCAUAGGGUUGGAGGAAAUGGCAUUUUUAGUUCCUUUAUUUGAA